CGUGGCGCGGGCCAGUCUAGCGGCGCCUCGCAGCGGCGGCACUGCGUCGCCAUCCGAUACUCGCUGAUAAUUGUGUUCGAUUUGUGUUCGUCGUCGGCUCCGACCUCGGAAGUUCCGCAUUGAGAGCGCGAGCGGCGCCCGGCCACACCGAGAGCGAUAUGUCUCCCGCGGAGGGUGUCCUGCGCGAUCUGCUGCGUCGCCUCUUCCCUGACGAGGAACCGGAACUCGACGAGUUGACCAGCGGCGGCGCCAACUACACCUCCGCGCUGUACGGGGUGCGGCUCCCCUCGCGGAGACUCUUCGCGAAGGUCGCCAAUAUCGGUGAGAAGAUGCGCGCCAUCAUGAACGCGGAGCUCCUGUACAGCACAGAGCAGUACGUGUACGAGCGGCUGGCGAGCGCCUACGGGCAGCUGCAGCGCGACCACGCCGUGCCGUCCGACGAGUGCUUCGUGUUCCCGAAGUACUUCGGUGGGAAUCCCGUCGUCGGCGAGGAGACAGUGCUGCUAGAGGACCUGCGCGACCGAGGGUUCACGACCCCGGACCGAUUCGCGUCGGUGGACUGGGAGCACGCGAGGAGCGCGGUGACGGCGCUGGCUCGCUUCCACGCCUUGUCGUUCGCGUGCGCACGGGAGCUGCCCCAGCUGCACGCGGAGGCGGUCCGGCGCCUCACCGCCGCGCCGCGGGAGGUGCAAGACGAGGGCGCCAAGCUCGCGAUGGAGCGGAUGGUGCGCGGCGCCGUCGAGGUCGUGCAGGACGAGCAACACAAGAGGAAGCUGAUGAGGGCCAUCUGUCUCGACGACUACAACAAGGAGUUCACAAAGUUCCGCAGCCCGCUCAGCGUCGCCGUCAUGACGCACGGCGACUACCGGCCCAGCAAUCUGCUCGUCAGGCGAGUCGAUCAGGACAGGAGAAGCGCUGAGCCGACGGGCCCCGCGACUCGACACCAUCGGGCGACCUGGAGUCGGGGGCGUGAGCUGGAGACGAUGGUGGUGGACUACCAGACGGUGCACGCGGGCUGCCCGGCCGCCGACCUGCUGUACUACGUGCUGCUCGGGACCGACGAGCCCUUCCGCCGCGACCACUACCGCCCGCUGCUGCGACACUACCACGACCAGCUGGCGAUGGCGCUGCGCCGCCUCGACAUCGCUGUCGACGACGUCUACCCCUGGGACACCUUCCAAUCGGAACUCAAACAGAUGGUCCCGCCCGCGCUGCUGAUGGCGGUGGUGGUCCUGCCGCUGGUGACGGUGGAGGCGAGCCUGGCGCCCGCCACGGACGGGGACAUCUCGAAGUUCGCGCUGCCCACCAACUCGCUCUUCGCCGACCGCUUCAACGGAGUGCUGAGGGACUGCAUCGCGUGGGCCGAGCUCUGACUCGCGCCCUCGCCGCCCCUCCGCACACACACCUCUCAUGACUUGCCGAUAUUUCGACAAUUUGCAGGCGCCAUCAUCACGGAGAGACUGCGCAAGAAUAAUAGUGUGUGUAAUUAUAAUGUUACUGUCAUUACAGUAGAUAUACGAGUAGUAAUAUGUAGAUAUAAGUAUAAUAUUUAUGAAAGUUGCUAAGUGGUCGACACGAGCAGUUGAUUAGUAUUAACCGAAUAAAGUAAAUCUACCUCUAUAAAUAUUGUAUUAAGCGCUAUAUCAGCGUGGUGAUAUCGGAUGCUGGGAAUAACGCUAAGCUGUGCAUGUAUUUAAAAUCAAUUUAUAUUGGAA